AUGAACAACCUGUUCAACCGCAACAAGACCUUCCGGCCGCAAAAGAGCCACAGCCACGGCACCAAGCGCUACGACCUGCACAAGCAAGCUCAGGCCACGUUGGGCAAUGGGGAUAUGAGGAAUGCUGUGGCGCUGCCCGAGGGGGAAGACCUGAACGAAUGGCUCGCUGUCCACACGGUGGACUUCUUCAAUGAGAUCAGCAUCAUCUACGGCACGAUCCUCGAGUUCUGCACGUGCGCGUCUUGCCCCGAGAUGCGCGCUGGGCCCAAGUUCGAGUACUUGUGGAAGGACGGCAAGGAGUACAAGACGCCGGUGAAGCUCGCCGCCCCCGAGUACAUCGACAUGCUCAUGACAUGGGUCGAGGAGCUGCUCAGCGACGAAGCGCUCUUCCCGACUCGAGAGGGAGCUCCGUACUGCCGCGGCUUCCAGUCUGUGGUCAAGAACAUCUUCCGCCGCCUCUUCCGGGUCUACGCGCACGUGUACUACUCGCACUUCGACAAGAUCGUCAGCAUCGGCGCUGAGGCCCAUCUGAACUCGUGCUUCAAGCACUUCAUAGCGUUCGUCACGCAGUUCGACCUCGUGGACAAAAGAGAGCAGGAACCGCUCAACGAGCUCAUCAAGAAGCUACUCAACUAG